CCUCAACCAAGCUUCCAACAAAUCCUCCUAUUCAUCUCCAACUCCUACCUCAAGGCACAUGACUCUUCAUCAUUUUCCAUGUGCUCUCUCUUCCUACUCAUCAAGAAUUUCGCCAAGUCAUCUACUCCAACCAAUAAUCCUCCUCACAUGUGCCUCAAGCACAUUCCUCCCUUCCCUACUCAUCAACCUCCACAUGCCUCUUAUUUAUUCCUUCCUUCCUUCCUAUCCCAAGUCAUCCAAGUUGCCAUAUCAUCACACAAGACUCUCAUGAUUCCUUACUUUUCUCACCUUCCAACUCAACAAAGCUUUCAUUCCUCCUCCUCUCCUUCCUUUCCAACUCAUCCAAGUUUCUCUCCAACACCACAUGGUCUACAAUUCCAAGUCACCAAAGGCUCAACAACUAUCACAUGCUCCACUACUAUUCAUCUUCACCAAGAAU